UUACUUGAUCCCCCGGCUUUUUGGCUAAACUUAUCUUUGGCCUUAACCCAGUUUUUGAAGUUUCUUUCAAGUGCGACUUCAAGACUGCUAGAGAGACCCCCGUUGCGGCUCACCGUGCGACAGCGUCAUUCAGUAUGGGGAGGUGAGGUCUGUUCAGUCGAGUGCUUGUCUGGCAUCUUUGUUUUUAUCUGCUUUGGUUCGGUCGGAUUGCAUCACUUUCCUGCUCUAUCUCUGACUAUUUUGAAUCUUUGCCCGAUGGAUGGAUAGGUGCUCGGGGGCAACAUUUUUUGGACGUUGAGGAGGUGUAACGAUCGGGUCGUUUUACAGUCAAGCUCCGUCGAGUGGAUGAUAUCGAGACAUCAAAGGGAGACUGCACUCUCCGUCAUCCGUCAACAGGAUCAACAUGCGGGCGUCCUAUCUUAUCGUCUUGACGGUGCUGGGCUGGGUUGUACAAUUCAGCGCUUGCCGCGUGGCCUUCCCAGAGCUGCAAAGGCGGCAAGAUACCACUGAGACGGGCUUCCCGACUUUAACAACGGAGACUGCUGAUGUUGCGACAAUUUCGGCAACAGUGGAGAGCAACUCUGUGACAUCUGCUGCAAGGACGACGACGGCAACAACGACGACAGGAUCUACUGAGCAGACGUCGACGACGAAGCCAUCCUUUCAAACUACGUCCGCUGACCCCACAGCCAGCAGCACGAUCGCCAGUUCGUACGCAUUGUAUGGCGAUGAGCUCCCUCUCGAACCCAAAAUCACCCCCACUCUGGGUAUUGCGGGCGCUUUACUGGUCAUUUUCGGAGCGAUCAACGCUUUGAUCGGGGUCAAGAACAGAUUGACUCAGAUUUUCCUGUCAUGCGGCUUCCUGGCCAGUAUUGGAGCGACAAUGCUAGUCGAAUACGUGAUGAGCCCACCAGUCAGCGAUGCUGUGCAAGGAGGAUUCUUCGUGGCGAUCUUCAUGGCCGGCGUUGUGUUCGGUGGAGGAGCUCUGGUCUUCAAAGAGAUCACCGAAGGCUUUGGCUGUCUGCUGGGAGGCUUCUGUUUCGCCAUGUGGCUGCUCACACUCGAAGCAGGUGGGACCGUCACCAGUGCUGCCGGAAAAGGAGCGUUUAUCGGAGUCUUCUGCGCCGCAGCUUGGGCACUCUCCUUCAGCAAACUGACCAAACCGUACGCGUUGAUCGCGUCGACGGCAUUCGGCGGAGCGACUGCUUUCACGCUUGGGAUCGAUUGCUUCACCAGGGCUGGAUUGAAGGAGUUCUGGCUGUACAUCUGGAACCUGAACGACAAUUUGUUUCCGCUAAAUACCAACACAUAUCCCCUCACCAAGGGGAUAAAAGUUGAGAUAGCCGUGAUUGUGAUCGUCACCAUCAUCGGUGUGCUGUCGCAAAUCAGGCUAUGGAACGUCAUCAAGUCCAAGGAACUGAAGGUGGAGGCAGUGCAGCAGCAGGACGAGCAACAGAAGGAUGCUGUCGAAGAAGCCUUGGGUAGAUACCUCGAACGUCAGAACGAGCGUGAGAAAUCGGCGUGGGAAAGGCAUUAUGGUGAUCGGCUUAACAGCAAGCGCAACACCCUUUUGUGGCAGGAUCCACAUUCGAGGAAACGGCAGUCGACAGUCUCUAUUGUCCCUGUGGAUAAAUCAACGCCGUCCACAUCGUCCGAGAGCCUGGAAAUGAACGCCUUUGGGCCUCAGAAGAGCAGCUCGACUUACGGAUCGAAGACAAAACGGCAGAGUUCUGUCACCAUCGAUGUCAUCGAGGAAGUAGAAGAGGAUGACGACACUGGUGCCUCGCUUGAACGACAAAAAGCCCUGCAAGCCUUGGAGAGCCCAGAAGAGUCUUUAGAAGAAGCCAUAAAGAUUAGCAACGUCCUUCGAGCUACGAAAUCAAAAAGCAUUGUGAAGGAGGAGGAAGUCGACGAUGCGCCUUCAGUAGUUCAGCCAGAGAAGGAAUCUCCGGGUGCAAAACUCAAGCGGCGGUCGCAACGAUCAAUUUCUGGUCUCACGAAACGCCUAACCCCAGGCUAUAGGCCUCUGGGCUCCAAGUCCCAAGAGCAACUCAUCGAUAUACAAAGGCCUUCGAGCAGGGCUUCGUCAGCUGCAGCGACAUUGGAUAAAGAUGAUGAGGAGCUGGGCGCGGGAUUACUCGAAACCGAUGGUGAUGACCAAAUCUACAACAAAACGCCGGACAUCGUGAUCUCAUCCGCUGCAUCGGAUGCUCCAGAGUUUGGAGAAGCUUCCUACAGCUCUGCAAAGACGUCGAUAGCAGGCGACCAUGCUCCGCCUUUGCUCUGCACUGCACGUCUCGAGUCGCAAGCCGACUCUGACGGAUUUGAGCUACAAGUCUUGACCAGCAGCGCACCAGAGUCCACUGAAACGAGCGAGAGGGCAAGCAAAGAGGACAGAGAAGGAGGCAGAACGGGUUCAUCGCGUUCGCAACUGUCAGGAACUACGAACACGAGCGGCGAAUCUUUGACCAAAACUGCCCUUGCGCAAAUGCCAAGUCAAGCAUCCACUGUGGUCUUGUCAUACCGGACGAAUGAAUGGGCAAAGCAUAUCGCGUCGGCGGAUGAGCCUAUGUAUGAUGAACCGGAAAGCUAUGGCGUGGAUGAAGAGCUACCCACACAUGUGUCAACCGCAUCAGCACCAACGUCCGCGCCAUCGUCAAUUCGAGCUGGCAGAACAGGUGUAGGUAUCACAUCCCAAUCUGCGGCCGGGCACCGUUCUUUCUCAGAUCCAGAUCGUCGGCGUAGCGCAGCGAAGCCACCGUCCAGAUCGGUCUCGAUGCAAUCUUUGAAAGUACCCGGUACCAGAGGCAGCCGAGCCAGCUUCAAUCCUUCAGCCAGCACAUCCCUCGUCAAGAUGCCAAUCGUGGAGAAUGUACCGACCGAGUUCACCGCCUCGAAACCAUCUUCUAUUUCCAGCCGUCGGGCAUCUGGAGGAUCCCCGUACAACCUGCCUCCUUCGCAACGCGCUUCUGCCACACGGCUUGCCAUGACUUCGAUGAGGCCUUCGUCUUCAGGAUCUGCAGGUCCAUAUGCAGGUAGUGUGUACGAGCUUGCGCAGACGAGUAGAUUCCCAAGUCAGCAAUUUUUUACGCCUGGGACUACAACUCCGUAUCAACAGUUCCAUACCCCCGGAACCACAACCCCCAUGGGCACUAAUGGCAGACGGGUAUCAUACGAGUCUCAACAAUCAUUGCAGCGACAGUCCAGCAUAGAGGCACUCAAUAGGGAAUCAUUACACGCACAGUGGCGAUUGUCUCAACAAGUACGAAUGUCGCGCGGUGGCAUCGUCGAUCCCGCAGCGGCGGAGGCCGAACAUCGCAGGGCCAAGAUGAAGGCCGAAAAGGACAAUCAGCGCCGCCUGGAAGAGUAUCAACGCAUCGAACGGAUGAGAAAACAGGCUACCAUGGACCAGCUUAUGAGGAGGCCUGAUAUGCAGGACCUGCACCGUGAGGCGAUGCGGAAGAUGCAGGCCAAUGCGAACAAAAAGCUGAGAAAGUCCGUUGGGUAGGUGGUCGAGUCAUUGCCCGUAUGGUGUCGCCGAAGUUGGACGGCUAUUUUAUUUGUUUUCUUGCACAGCCUGGGACAGGGGAACACAAAAGGACCAGGAGUAGGAGCAUUGGUGACAUGAGCGAAGCAUGUUUUCUACCUUCAUUCAGCAUUUUGGACACGGAAGGCUUGGAUUUGAAGCCAAUCGUUAUGAGCACAUAGAUCUACAUGAUACCCCGGAUUUGGAUAUACGAAAACUACGGAUAAUAGGUAUAAUCAAUAAUAUGAACAUCAUCUAC